CAAAGAAAUCCAGCUCAACUCUUGAACUCUGUAAUUCGUCUGCCAUAACAAAUCUUAAGAACACAGAGAAGACCCAGCAAAGAAUAAAAAAGAAAAUGUCCGGCAUUGAAAGAUUACAAAGAAUGUUCGCCGGAGCCGGCGGUGCCCUGGGACACCCGCCACCGGACUCUCCAACUCUCGAUUCAUCUGAACAAGUCUACAUCUCCUCUCUUGCCCUCCUUAAAAUGCUCAAACACGGAAGGGCAGGGGUGCCAAUGGAAGUGAUGGGGCUUAUGCUAGGGGAGUUUGUAGAUGAAUACACGGUUCGAGUGGUGGAUGUAUUCGCCAUGCCACAGAGUGGGACAGGAGUUAGCGUGGAGGCCGUGGAUCAUGUCUUCCAGACCAAUAUGCUUGAUAUGCUAAAGCAAACUGGCAGACCUGAGAUGGUUGUUGGUUGGUAUCAUUCACAUCCAGGUUUUGGGUGUUGGCUUUCUGGCGUUGACAUUAAUACUCAGCAGAGUUUUGAAGCUUUGAAUCAAAGAGCAGUUGCAGUGGUGGUGGAUCCCAUUCAGAGUGUUAAAGGAAAGGUGGUGAUUGAUGCCUUCAGACUGAUUAACCCUCAAACCAUGAUGCUUGGCCAAGAGCCACGACAGACAACUUCCAAUCUGGGACAUCUCAACAAACCAUCCAUCCAAGCUUUGAUUCAUGGUUUGAACCGCCAUUAUUACUCUAUAGCCAUAAACUACAGGAAGAAUGAACUUGAGGAGAAGAUGCUUCUGAAUCUUCACAAGAAGAAAUGGACUGAUGGCUUGACCCUUCAGCGAUUUGAUGCCCACUCCAAAACAAAUGAGCAGACUGUUCAGGAGAUGCUUAAUUUAGCUAUCAAAUAUAACAAAGCAGUUCAAGAGGAAGAUGAGUUGCCACCAGAAAAGCUAGCUAUCGCAAAUGUGGGAAGGCAAGACGCAAAGAAGCAUCUUGAGGAGCAUGUCUCCAACUUGAUGUCUUCAAACAUUAUUCAGACAUUGGGAACUAUGUUGGACACUGUUGUCUUCUAGAGUCAGCAUUAUAUUUCAACAGCAAAACGUUGACAAGUAUGGUUUGGUUUUGCUUUCUCUUGGAUGUGAACUGGUGUCUCUAUCUUGUGCACUAUGAGAAAGCAACUAUCUUUGACAUGAUCUCUUGUUUUACCAUGUUAAGUCAUCCUGAUAUUUGUAUUUCUAUAGAAUCCUAAUUCAAGGACAUAUGGAACCUUUUGUUGCUCAAGUUAUUUUUGGCUUCUGCCUUUCAUGCA